AUGAUUGUAAAGCUGCAUCAACCAGUCUACAACGACGAUAACCUCGACGAUGACGUCGACGUUGACGGUGAUGACGACUCCACUUCCUCCCCUCCUCUCGCCGGCGAGGUCACCAUAGCCGUCUCCGGCGUUGGCGUCUCCCCCAUUGAUUCUCUUGCCCUUUACCCCGAUCUUAAAAGACGUCGGCUCGAUGAUUUCACUAUUCCCGUUAUUCUGCCAGAGAAGAAGCCGUCGGCGACCUUCGACGACUCUCAACGGAAGCUGUUUCAACGUCUGUGGACUGACGAGGACGAGAUUGAGCUGUUACAGGGGUUCCUCGACUACACGAUUCAGCGCGGCUUGAACAAUUCGUCAACGCCGCAGCACCAUUACGAUACGACUGCAUUUUACGACCAGAUCAAGAGCAAAUUCCAGCUGGAUUUCAACAAAAACCAGCUGGUCGAGAAGCUCCGGCGGUUGAAGAAGAAGUACAGGACUGUGAUGAGCAAGAUGGGAUCGGGUAAGGAGUUCGUCUUCAAGAGCGCUCACGAUCACGCCACUUUCGAGAUCUCUCGCAAGAUCUGGACUAAUUUAGGCUCCGCCGUCCGCGGAGGCUCUAACGGCGUUGCUGGCGCUGUCGUUCUCUAUGCCCCGCCGGAAGACGGUGGAUUGGAUGAUGACGAUGCUCACGUUAACCCUAACCCUUAUGCAAAUGAUCUCAUUGAUCAUAGCCCUAAGUUUAACCUUAACUCUAACCCUAACGGAAUUGACAUUAAAACUCCGAGACCACGAAAGCGAUCUCCAGCUGCAUCUACAGAAGCAGUUAAAGUUGAGCAACAGCCUUAUCAGCCAUCCGGUGGCAGCACCACUGUGCCAUUGGCAGCUGCGCCCGUGGCUGAGGUUGCAGCCACAGCCACAGCCACAGCCACAGUGGCUGCUUCGAUCCCUAGCUUGAUUGAGGAAACAGUGAGGAAUUGUGUAUCACCAAUUUUCAAGGAGUUGUUGAACAGUGUGGCGAAUUUGAAUGGGCCUAGCAGAGGGUUUGGAUUCGGAGGAAUGGGGAUCAGUCCGAUCCCAUUAGGGUUCGGGGGAGGUGCAAUGAGCAUGGAAAUGACGGGGGACGAGAAAUGGAGGAAGCAACAAAUGUUAGAGUUGGAAGUGUAUUCCAAGCGAUUAGAGCUGGUUCAAGAUCAGAUCAAAGCACAAUUGGAGGAGCUGAGAUCAAUGGGAAGUUAGUUGCUGAUGACAAUAAUAAAAAAGAGGUUGCUUUUUUAUGUAUACAUUUCUCAAAUAAUUCUAGUUGAUAGUUUUAUCAGAUUGUUGAUGAUAUAAUGGCUGAUAGUUGUAGCAUUGGAUACACUGUGAAGCCGCUCAUUAGGUAUUUAACUUUUUUGGGGUUGUUGAAUAAUGAGUUCUAAUUGUUUGCAGCCCCUGUUAUUUGCUCUGCUUGUUUGAAGACUGUUGCAACAAUAGAUGCUGUCUAUUUUGUAUAUAGAAAUGAAUUGAUAGAAGCGGAUUGUUCAGUUAAUGUCAGUUCUUGAUCUCUCUGAUUGAAA